UGGGGAAUGUUUGUAAGCCGCCGCGAGCAGACGACCCCAUCGCGUCGCACAAUAAAUAGCGAAGUCUGCAAGCUUAAAGAUGCAUUGAUGCAUCUGAUGAGGAUGUAAAAUAAUCAUCCAAAUGAUUGUUCUGACAUUUUACUCAAAGAUUGACAUUUAAUAUAGAAGGAAUUCGGGGAAAACUCAAGCGAGACUGAAGAGAGAAAUAUAUUCGACAUUGGCCGUAAACACCUUUUUUUGUGGACAUUGAACUCGUUUUUUUCAACAAAAUGUCAACAGGAUUAUUUAUUUUGUGCUUGAUUUUCACCACCUUCUGUUUAUGUUUAAGUCAGAAACCGAGCAUCUACUACCUGCACGUGAAGUCAGAUAUCCGGUUUCGAUUCGCUACGACCUUGGUCACCAGUAAAGUUGCCAAUCCUGCUAACACGUCACAAGAGAUCAAAUUUGACGUCACUUUACCAGAUGAAGCCUUCAUUUCAGAUUUUCAGAUGGAGAUUGGGGGUCGUAUUUACCCGGGGGAGGUUAACGAAAAAAUCGUCGCCCAGAAGAAGUAUGAUGAUGCCAAGAAGAAAGGUCAAAGUGCAGGUCAAGUAAAACAACAGCCUAGAAAAACAAACCGUUUCUCAGUGGAAGUGAAUGUGGCAGCUCAGGAAAAAGUCAUUUUCAAUCUGACCUACCAAGAGCUUCUGAAGCGUAAACAUGGCUCAUAUGAACACGUGGUUUACAUAAACCCGCAACAAAUUGUGAAAGAUCUACAGGUUGAGGUGGCUAUAGAAGAAUCCAGAGACAUCACGAGCGUCAGGGUACCACCGCUACGGAACGAUAUAGAGCAAACUGGAAACGCGACAGGUCAGAACUCUCUGUCCGUGAUUGAGAGACCCACCAAGCAAUCGGCAAGAAUCAUGUACAGUCCCACAGAGGCGGAUCAAAGACAAAAAUCUAACCAGGGAAUCUCUGGACUUUUCGUUGUUGAAUACGAUAUUGACCGAAAAUCUGACGCGGGGGAUGUUCUGGUGGUAAAUGGGUACUUUGUUCAUUUCUUUGCUCCCUCUGAAAUGGAGGAAAUUCCCAAAGAUGUUAUUAUGAUACUUGACGUCAGUGGCUCUAUGGGUGGAACUAAAAUGAGGCAGAUGAAACAAGCCGUGCUUGCUAUGCUUAACGAUCUACACGAUGGUGACCGUUUUAACAUAUUAAAGUUCAGCGAUGGCGUUUAUUUUUACAAAGAUUCACCAGUAUUUGCGAACAAGAAGUCAGUGGAUGCUGCAAAGAAAUAUGUGAAUGGCAUCAAUACAAUAGGAGGUACAAAUAUUAACAGUGGACUAUUGGAAGGUAUCAACUUCUUUAAAAGAGCAGAAAAUACAAAACAGCGGUCACAGGUUAUCUUCUUUCUUACUGACGGACAGCCAAGUUCCGGUGUCACCAAUAUCAACAGCAUUCUAACCAAUGUUCGAAAUGCCAACUCUGAACAAAAUUUUCCUAUAUACAGUUUAGCGUUUGGGCGUGGAGCAGACUAUGAAUUCGUUAAGAAGGUGGCCAUUCAAAACAAUGGUGUCAGUCGUAAAAUAUACGAGGACUCAGAUGCUACUCUACAGAUCAAAGGAUUUUACGAUGAAAUCUCGGCAGCCAUUUUGAAAGAUGUUUCCUUUAAAUAUCUCAACAAUGCCUCGACUGUACAGAAUCUCACAACAGCAACUUUUCCCACGUAUUUCACAGGCUCUGAAAUAGUGGUUGCUGGGAAAUUAGAGGACAACUCUGUUAGACUUUUUGACUUAUCGGUCGAAGGUCUGGGGUCCAAAGGGUCUGUAGAACUGGCUCUCUCUGCGGACGUAAACGCAAACCCUUUUCCCCAGCUUACCAAACCAGGGGACUAUGCAAAAAUAACAGAGAAAAUUUGGGCUUACUUAACCAUCAAACAACUGUUAGAGAAGUCCAUUGGUGAGACUGAUCCAACUGCUAAAGAGGAAAUGAAAAAGACAGCGUUAGAACUCUCACUAAAGUAUAAGUUUGUUACUCCCCUGACCUCGAUGGUGGUCACGAAGCCGGACAAGAGAGACGUUGGGGAUCUCAGCAAGGGAGAAGAUGACGAUUUAUUAUCUUCGAAAUCUUCGAAAUCCCGUCCAAGUGGACCAAGUGGCAGCAAACCAGCUUACAGCCGUGGUGGUGGCGGCGGCGGCGGCGGUGGCGGUGGUGGCUCGUACGGAGGAGGGGGUGGAGGAGACCCCCAUUUUAUGAUCAGAAUAAAGAAAUUAGAACAUCCAUUAUGUUUUGAUAUGCCAGCCAGGUCAGGAGAUGUUCUUCGUUUGUUAACUGAUCCAGAAGCAGGUUUAACUAUUAACGCUGGAAUUAUUCCAUCAUUCACGUUUGAUAAACAUGGACGCAUGAAAACGUUCAUGGGGGAAGUUGUUAUCUUAUAUAAAGACCAUGUCAUGAAGAUUACACCAACCAAAAUUAUAUAUGAUGGAGCAGAACUAUUUUGGGCAGACGACAAACCUUAUCAAUUCAAUGACAUUUCAAUCAAAAUUUUGACCAUUAAGGGAAACAGAGUGAUCCACGCAGACUUUGGGAACAAUGUUACUAUCUCCAUUAAAAGAACAAUUGCCUCCGUUAACAUGUCUGUUGAUUAUUUGAAUUUAUACAUUGAAAACGAGGCUGGUCUUUCUCGAAAGUCGGACGGCGUUCUUGGCCAGUUUUUACAUCGAUUUAUUUCUGUCGUCAAAGUGAAGACCAACAAGAAAGAUCAGAUUAUUGGGAAUCUUCGGAUCAGGGAACCUGGCUUUAAGACCACAAAAUCUCGAUCUGUUCUCGUCAUGAAGCCAGAUAAAGUUACAGGAAAACGAGAACUAUGCUGGAACGUGCAUACAAGAAUAGCUGAGUUAUUUGAUAAAAAGGUUAAUGAUUUCUUCAUUAAAAAUAUUAUGCAGAAAUAACUUUUUUCUGUUCAUCGAAUAUACAUGGAUUUUGUGUAAUAAAUUGUUUUCUGAAAGACCUCAGACUUUCAAAGCGUAUGUACAUCUCUACUUGUAAUUAUAUCAUCCCUAUUUCGACUGUAAAUGUUUACUAUUCAUAAGCUGACAAUAUAACGAGUAUUAAAAUAUCUCUUUUUUGCCAUAUGCAUGAUUGUUUUUAUUAAGCUUUAUUUUUGUCUUAUAUAUUGAAAUAAACUAUUACAAGUUC